AUGUAUAACUGUCACCGUACAGCCUUUUAUAAUACAGGUCACUCGGCCGCCAAAACAACACUACAUCUUCGACAGGCUAAUCCAAUAAUUUAUGUGCCUCUAUUUGAAAAGUUUUUCCUAAAAACACAUACAAAGAGUGUAGAUGUCACUAUCUUGUUCCUCUUUCGUCUCCUAUCUUUCAACAAUCAUGGACUUGCUUGGUUUCUCGCUUUCUUAUGCGAGUUAUGGUUCACUUUCAAUUGGGUUCUCAUUGUUUGCACCAUGACUCCUAUGUUAUACAUUCCCGAACGCCUCCAGCAACAGGUGCCGGAACUUCCACCUGUAGACGUGUUUGUAACAACGGCUGAUCCUGUGCUAGAGCCACCUAUCCUCACAGUGAACACAGUACUAUCUGUGUUAGCAGUUGAUUAUCCAGCUAACAAAGUGGCUUGCUAUGUCUCGGAUGAUGACUGCUCACCUAUUAUCUUGUACUCUCUCGUUGCAGCAUCUAAAUUUGCCAAGCUUUGGGUGCCAUUCUGUAAGAAGUACAAUGUUCAAGUUAGAGCUCCCUUUCGAUACUUCUUGGAUGAGUCUAAACCGUCCAUUUCAAAUUCUAGGGAUUUCCAAAAGGAAUGGCAAAAUAUGAAGGAAGAGUACGAGCAACUUUGCAGAAGUAUAGAAAAUGCAGCGCACCAGCCUUUUCCCAUUGGUCUGACUGGCGAGUUGGCUAUCUUCUCCAAUACUGAAGUGCGAGACCAUUCAGCAAUAGUCAAGGUCCUAUGGGAGAACAAGGAGGGUAUCUCAGAUGCGGUGCCUCAUUUAAUUUUCAUAUCCAGAGAGAAGAGGCCAAAGCAUCCCCAUCAUUACAAAGCAGGAGCUAUGAAUGUACUUACUAGAGUGUCCGGGUUGAUGACAAAUGUUCCGUUCAUGCUUAAUUUGGACUGCGACAUGUUUGUCAACAACACACAGAUUAUUCGACAUGCAAUGUGUCUCAUGCUCGGUUCCAAGAAUGAAAGAGACUGUGGAUUUGUUCAGUCUCCACAAUUUUUCUAUGAUAGACCAGAGGACUUGCUGCUUUUGCAUGAAUAUGUCGGGAAAGGAAUAGUGGGAAUUCAAGGACCUUUCUAUGGAGGUACAGGAUGCUUUCAUAGACGAAAAGUUAUUUAUGGUCUAUGGCCGGAUGAAGUAGAAAAUCAAGGUAAAGAUGUAAAUUCAGGAAAAUCAUAUGAUUAUGAAUUACUAAAAGAAUAUGGAAAUUCAAAGGAAUUCAUAACAUCAGCCGCUCAUGCUUUGAAAGGGAAUACAGAUUAUUUUACCAGCAACCUGUCUAAAUCUCUUGAGGCAGCUCACCAAGUUGCAAGUUGUAGCUAUGAGUACGGUACUGGCUGGGGUAAAAAGUUUGGGUGGAUAUAUGGAUCUACAGUAGAAGAUGUCUUAGCAGGAUUGACCAUCCAUGAAAAAGGGUGGAAAACAGGGUAUUGCUCACCAGACCCUCCAGCCUUUCUGGGGUGUGCUGCACCUGGUGGGCCUGCAAUGAUGGUCCAACAAAAGAGAUGGGCCACAGGACUGUUUGAGAUCUUUUUCAGCAAACACAAUCCGAUAAUUGGUACUCUCAAAGGCAAGCUCCAAUUCAGGCAGUCCUUGGCGUAUUUGUGGUUGCUUGUGUGGGGUUUACGUUCCAUUUUUGAGCUUUGCUAUGAUAUUCUUCCAGCCUAUUGCAUCCUCACCGACUCCAAUUUCUUGCCCAAGGUCCAAGAACCGGGCAUAUAUUUUAUUAUUGCUCCUUUUGUGAUCUACAAUCUGUAUACUUUAUCAGAGUUCAUUCGAACUGGGUUCCCAGUUUAUUCAUGGUGGGUUGGCCAACGUAUGGCAAGAGUUGUGACUGUAACUGCGUGGUUGUUUGGAGUAAUAAACGUGAUACUCAAGCUCAUAGGAUUAUCUGAGAUGGUUUUUGAAAUUACACAGAAAGGUCAAUCUACUUCUAGUGAUGGUGGUGAUGAUGAUGAAGAUAAAUUUAUCUUCGAUGAGUCCCCGGUUUUUGUGUCAGUCACAACGGUUGUGCUGGUGCACCUAACCGCAUUGGCUACUGGCUUUUUGGGCUCACGACCACUAUCGGUGAAGCAGGGGUCAGGCCUAGGAGAGUUCUUCUGCAGUGUUUUUGUGUUGGUAGUUUUCUGGCCGUUUGUGGAAGGUCUGUUUAGGAAAGGAAAAUAUGGGAUCCCCUUAUCCACCAUAUUUAAAUCUGCUGCUUUGGCAUUAUUUUUUGUAUAUUGGUGUAGAUUUUAA